AUGUGCGGAAUAUUUGGGUACGCGAACUUCUCUAAAGAAAGGAGCAAGGACGAAAUAGCUAACAUCAUGAUAAAUGGCCUGAAGCGAAUAGAAUAUCGAGGAUAUGAUUCGGCGGGGUUCUGCAUCACGGAUAACACAGACAGAAACUUUGCUAGGAUCCGAGCCGUUGGCAAGGUCAAUAGUCUUUACGAGAUAAAGAACUCCCAAACCUCUGUUGACCUUACAAGGAAGGUGCUCAACCAUGUCAGCAUUGCACACACAAGAUGGGCAACGCAUGGGCAGCCAAGCAUUGAAAACUCCCAUCCCCUGAGCAGUGACGAGAACAACAGCUUUCUUGUUGUGCACAACGGGAUCAUCACAAACUACAAGGACCUCAAGGUCUAUCUUAAGAAGAAGGGAUUUACGUUCGAGUCGGACACAGACACGGAAUGUGCGGCCAAGCUUGCACUCUACUUCUACAGAGAGAUGGAGAGGAAGAAAGAAGAGACGGACUUUGUGGCCAUUGUGAAAAAUGUUGUGAAGCACUGCGAGGGGGCAUUUGCCUUUGUGUUUGCAUCUUCCUUGUUCCCCAACGAGCUGGUCACAGUUAGGAAGUCGUCCCCCGUCCUUAUCGGCCUCAAGCCGUCAGGAAAGAUGUCCUUUGACUUCUUCGGUGUCAACUAUGGAGAUCCGGCCGAUGACACGCCCACCUCCCUCCUGGACUCCCCCUUGGCAUUCUCCAAAUCCGAUAGGCACGGCUUUGACCAGAACAUCGAUAUGAUGACAAGAGAUGUUCAGGACUGCACUCUGCAUGCACAUAACAAAGAGCCUCUGGAGGUCUUUGUUGCAUCGGAUGCCUCCGCUCUCAUAGAGCACACAAGGAAGGUCAUCUUUCUUGAGGACAACGACAUAGUCCACAUAUCCAAUGGUAACAUAUCCAUCCACAGGAUGCACUCAAAGGCAAAGGAAUCCGGGCCAGAGAUAAGAGAGGUUAAGACAAUAGAAACAGAGCUGGCGGCAAUCAUGAAAGGAAACUACGACCACUACAUGAUCAAGGAGAUCAACGAGCAGGAAGAGUCUGUGGUCAACACAAUGAGAGGAAGAAUCAACUUCGAAAGCCUUACGGUUUCUCUUGGAGGGCUCAAGGAUCAUGUCAGUGGCAUAAGGAAGUCCCAAAGAAUAAUCUUUGUGGCGUGCGGAACCAGCUACCAUGCCAGUCUUGCGAACAGGGCACUGCUUGAGGAGCUGCUUGAGAUUCCUGUGAGUGUUGAGAUAGCUAGCGACUUCCUUGAUAGAGCCCCUCCCAUAAUGAGAAGCGACUGUGUGUUUUUUGUGUCUCAGAGCGGGGAGACUGCAGACAGCGUUAUGGCACUAAGGUACUGCAUGUCCAUGGGGGCUCUUUGCGUCGGGAUAACAAACACUGUCGGAAGCACCAUCUCCAGAGAAACAGCGUGCGGCGUCCACAUAAAUGCAGGCCCCGAAAUAGGAGUGGCAAGCACCAAGGCCUAUACAAGCCAGUACAUCGCAUUGGUUCUUGUUGCUCUUCAACUGAGUGACCAGAACCUUGUGAAGCAGGCAAGGAGAAGGGAGAUCAUGGAGGGGCUCAAGAAUAUAAGCUCGCAGAUAAACAGGGUUUUGGAGCUGAGCACCUCGGUAAAAAGCCUGGCCAACGGACCCAUGAAGGACGACGCGAGCCUCCUGCUUAUAGGAAGGGGAUACCAGUAUCCCACAUGCAUGGAGGGUGCCCUGAAAAUAAAGGAAAUCACUUAUAUCCAUGCAGAAGGACUUGCAGCCGGAGAGCUGAAGCACGGGCCCAUUGCCCUUGUCGAUGACAAGCUUAGAAUCAUCUUUAUUGCAACCAAGGACUUGCUGUAUGACAAAACAAGGAAUGCAAUGGAGCAAAUAUUUGCGAGAGGCGGAAGACCAAUCGUGAUAUGCACCGAGGACAUCUCUGGGGAUUAUGCAGAAUACGACACCUUUGUCGUCCCAAAGACGGUGGACUGUCUCCAGGGGAUACUAACAGUCAUUCCUCUGCAGCUGUUGUCCUACCAUCUUGCUGUUGCAAAAGGAUACAAUGCCGACUUCCCGAGGAAUCUUGCAAAGUCCGUAACUGUUGAAUAA